AUUAAAUGCUAAAUUUCCUUUCAAUCGCAUUUUGAUUCAAAGGAAAUCUAGCAAUUUGAGUCAAAAAUUUGAAGUAUGAUAUGUAUAAAGUUUUUUAUUCCUACUUUAAUAUAACUAGUACCAAAAACGAACACGUAGUUAAAGGCGGACUCAAAUACGAUGACGACAUCACAAUUGCUUAAUAGGAGUAUCCGUACAAUGCCUACAUGGGUAACUGAGGCAAAAGAUCGAUCCGGACCUCCGGCACCACUACCGCCUCAAAAUGGGUCGAAGAAGGAGAGUCCAUACAAUGUGCCCACAUUGCCCCCCAAAACAAAAGACACACCCGAACCGGACUAUGAAGUGAUCGAGUUUUCCAACCAACAGCCAUACUCAAAUGAACCAAUGAAAACCCCACAUUUUCGAAAUAAGCCGCUAGAUAAUAAAUUGAAAUGUACUUUGUGUGGGUCGCAGAAUCCUUGGGUAACCUGUAGUGAGUGUGCUGGCCAAAUCUUUUGCGCGUCGUGCGAUGAUAUGUUCCAUAAGCAUCCCAAACGCAAGCAACAUAUUCGCAAGGCUGUUGAGUUGGGUACACCACCUAUACCGCCAAAAACACAAAGUGGUGCAGUGCCGCCCAUUGCACCGCCGCGACGCAGUAAACGUGGAUUAUUGACACCAUUUCUAGGCCGUAAGGAACAGAUGUUGCCGCCACCUUCACCGACGCCAUCGCACAAAUCGAACGUUGGUUGCCGAUCAACGUCGUCGAAGACAACGUUCGCAAACGGGUCAAAUGGGAUAAACAAAAGGCCGUUGCCUGACCUGCCAGGUUCUGUAAAUGCUCCAAGUGAAGUUGGGUGCUUGUCGCGGUCGGAAACGCCUCAAUCUGUUUUUGAUACAAUACAACGUCCGCCAUCAGUGCAACUUGAAAAGAUUAAAACGAAAGCGAGUGCCACCUUAGAUCGCAUGACACAAUUGCAAAAACGCUAUCAUCAACAGAAGACGCAAUCGCAGCAUGACAUUGAUAGUUCUAGUAGAUCAACUACUCGAAGUAAUCAGCAAUCGCAAAAUGUCAUCAACUUUGAACAUUGGUCAAACGUAUCACCAUCGCCCUCACACUUUCAUUCUGGCAGCAUGUCAUCCGGUUUGAAUUCAUCGCAUUUUGAUCUAUCGGAUGAUUCCCAUACUUUUCAUAAUUCUCUACUGUUUCAACAUCACCAACGACAUAAGGCACCAGUUGCUCAGCGUCGUCAAAUGAGCAGUUCGGUAUUCAAUUUAAACAGUUUGAGUCGGCGUCCCCUAGCUGAAAUGAAAAAUGGAAGUGCAUGGCUGGUCAAUCAGCGUAUGCAACAGGCGCAAUCCAUGGCACAACUCAACUGUGAAGGUUGUCGCCAGGGUCAUCAGGGGGGAAACUUAUCAAAUCAUCAAAUAAGAUCGACAGAUGAGUGGACUCAUUUUGGAUCCCAACAGCAGUUCAAUCACUCUAAUCUCUCGCUGAAUAUGAAUCAAGAUUUCCAGUUACAACAGCAAUAUCCAUACUAUCCACCUCCCGUAUUUAUGAACCAGGGUGGCAUUAUGCCUCAUAUAUAUCCGGGCGCAACCCGAUAUCCAGUUAUGCAUCCAGGUGCUGUGGGUUAUGGGCCACCUCCACCAGCUUCUCGAGCAGCAUCACGCUCUCGCUAUGCGGCAUCGCCAACGCCAAGCAGAAAGUCACUCUCCUUGCGCCGUAGCAAAAGAAGCAGCUAUGUUGAUGAUGAGUUAACGGAUGAUGAGGAUUCUGAGCAGGAUGAUCGUCGCUCAUUAGUAUCAAGUCGUUCUGGUAUGACAAGUGCCUCACGCGGACAUCAGAAUCAUCAGCGCCAACGUCGCUUGUCAAGCGCAUCACAACUGAUUAACAAAGUUGUCAAAGAUGAACUAAAUUCAGAACAGUUACACAAAGUAAAAUUAAUGAAUCGACGCGGUUCAGAUUCUAAAUCUGUGCUAGUUGAGUGUCAGACCGACUCGAAAGAUAGAAAAUUUACAUUUAAAAGAGACCAAGUUGAAGCUCAGAAAACUAGUCGCAUUUACUCAGAUUUAGAAUCUGAAGGCUCUGGAGCUCGUGCCUUGGUCCAGGCAAAGAUACAACAGAAACUACAAGAAGCUGAUAAGCAGAAAAUCAAUCGAACUGAGUUGAAACAAAAACCAGAAACAAAAGAUGAAAACACACAAGCUGCUUCUGUAAUACCAAAGGUGGCUUUACCUUCAUGCAAAUUGCAGAACGAAGAUAGAAACGUUGAAGAGGAACAGGAAAAUGGAGAAGCCGCUGGUACUGAAUCCACACAAAAUUCUAGUUUUAUCACAACACAGAAAGAUGUCGAUCUUGGCCCUCCUCCGACGACACCAGAUUAUGAGUGGGAAUGUGAGUUUUGCACCUAUGUAAAUGAGCCAAAUAUUAAAAUCUGUGCCAUUUGCUGUAAAACGCCCAGCAAGCCACCAAAGAGGUUAAAGGAACAAAAGUGUUCGAUUAAGCUACCUAAGCGUUCUGAGACAGACUGCAGUACCGGAAGAUUAAAAGACACAACUCAAGAUUUUUCUACUCAAAGCGAAACAAUAGCAGACACACUUACGACAGAUUCUAAUAGGAUCAGUUCUAUGACUAAGUCCAAGCCGAAAACAUCCGAGAAAAUCGAGUCAAAUAAGGCAACAGCAAAUGGGUUUAUUCAAAAAGAAUCCGUGAAGAAUAUUUGGGAUAAACUCGAUAAAAGCAUUCAGGCCCAGGCAGAGCAGGUUCUACAACAAGCUGAGAAUGCAUCAGAGAUGCCGCCUUCAACAGAGCUGACAUCUAACAUUGAUUUGAGCCAUCAAGAGGGUGAAAAAUUCACAUCACGACCACCACAAAAUAUUUCCACCCAAACGACUUACGAAACACGAUCGGAAGAGCGCCCAAUUUUACAGGAACACAACGAUCCACUAAAAUCAAAUAAAAUUGAAAGACAACUUUUUUAUCAUAACAGCUCCCAACCGUUCAAGACAGAUAACUAUGGCGCUUCUAACGAAAAUCUGAUUGGCAUAGAUCUUAACUCUAAACACCAGCAACAGAGCCCAGACCAAUUUGUAAGGCAACCAAACUUCAUAAAAGAACUUAAGGCAUUACAGCUAAAAUCGAGGUCCCCUUUCGACCUUCACCAUGCUUCUACUGGUUAUCAGCCCGAAAUGGCGAGAAAAUCCGAAAUUGAGAUGCAUAUUAUACUAAAAGAGCUGGAGUUUUAUAAAUUUAAUGUUGAGGAAUUCGAAGCCGCACUUAAGUACUGCAGCGCAGAUAAAAAUCCAAUACAAUGGUUGAGAGACAAUUGGCACAAGCUUGUGGAAACUGUGCAGAGUCUGGCGACGAAGUAUGGUCAAGAGCGUGCAGAGAACACCAUUGGUACCAUAUCACAGCAAGAAGCCCGCAAUGCGCUAAGAAAUUCAAGCGGGAAUGUGUGGCAAGCAGUAGCAGAUUGCAUACAGCAAAGACAACAAAAUUACAGCAAGUUAGCAGCAAAAGGAAACUUUUCCAACGAAGAUAUUGUGAAUGCUUUAACCGCUCAUCAAGGUAAUUUGGAUCAGGCGGUACUCGAAUUAAAUCGCACACAACUGAGACCAUUCCUAUUGCGCAUCUGGGGAUCGCCAAAUGGCAUGGAAAAUGAGAGCACUUCCAUAGAUGUCAAGUCGGAUAUCCAUGACUUUCUGAACACACAUGCUUUGGAUUGUUUGGCUCCACAUAGUGAGUCUGCAAAUGCACAUGAUGCACUCAAUGCGAAUGAUAUUUAUAGUUAUAGUCCUGCGAAGUCUUCGUACGCCACACCAAGUCCUUAUCAAAUGGAAGAUAAUACCCUUAAGAAUCUGGAGAUCUUAAUCGGUAACAUGGAGCAAAUUCAAGCAAAGCAAAACCAGGAAGUCUUACGGUCAAUUGAAACUAUGCUACAAACGUACAAGGGUAAACCAGAUCAUGAAACAGAAUAUGAAACAGAUUCUGAAGUGAUGCGUAUUCUGACAAGGAGUCCAAUUAGCAUGAUAAAAUCUCCUUCCACGAGCACAGUACAAGACAAGUCCAGGGAUGUCAAGAACUUUGUCUGGCAGCACAUUCAAGAUAUUGUUCCCAACCUAGUGCAACAAGUAGAGCAAGAGCUCAAUGAAAAGAAAGAAAAAAUAUUUAAUGUUGCUGAAGAUGGAGAAGAAGCGCAUCACGAAACUGCGCCGAUUCAUGGUAUACCUAGUGAUAGAUUAAUGGAAGGCGUUAUCCUCCCCAUUAUAAAACAUAGUUCAAUACAUGAGGAACUUCCUCAGAACUUUAUUUAUGCAACGGAGAUAGUUAACUUUAAAUUGGAUCUUGAUCGGCCAAUAGAGAGAUUGCAUGAACAGGAAUGGCAGUUAAGAACUUUUGAGGGAGCUAAGCAUCUUGUCUAUAAGAGUUAUAAGGCACCAGCAAAAAGUCCAACAACCGUUGGUGAAGACCAACAUCAACUACCACUGACAUCAACACUUUACAUUGAACAGAAUAGCAAUUUAGCGCCUAUGAUUCAUUUAAGUUCUGCAAAUAAUGAGGAUUAUCAAUUAAAGGAGGUGAAUCAAAAUAUGCCGAAGAAUCAGGAGACGUCUGUAGAAACACUCCAACUGGAUCAUGAUAUUGAAGUAUUCCAGCCAUCAACAUCUCUUGGACCAUAUGAACCCCCUAGUAUAAUAAAUAAAAAUUACGAAAUGGAGUCCUCGAUUAAGAAUGAAGAAGUUUUCGAUAUAGAACAGACUCAUUGCAGAUCUCAGGAAACGGAUAACACGGAAGCGAUUGACUAUAUGUCAGCUAUCUCAGUUAAUGACGAGUUGAGUUUAUCCAAUGAGAUUGAAAUUAAUGCCAAAAUCUCAGAAAGCACUUCAAUAGGAGAAUCUGAAGAUAUUUGGGAACCUACCAUUUCAGAAGAUAUUACAUCUGUUGUUGAAGCUAGAAUGCAUAACGAACUAUUGCAAACAUUGUCAAUAAAUAAUCCUGCUCAAGAAGUUCACCCUGUUAUGUCAAAUGCAGCUGACGGCGUAUUAUUGCAGACUGCGGAGAUAGUUUCUCAAGGUGUUGCAUUUGGAACUCAUUUGGAACCUUUGCGAUGCAUUUCAAUUAAAAAAUCUCCAGAAAAAAAUCAUAAAGUUGAUAACAUUAAAGAAGCUCCACUUAUUAAAGAUAAUUCGCUAGUAGAAUCUUCAAUAGACUCUGAAUUGCUGCCAUUACAAGAUUCAAAUAAAAUAUUAUUGGUACAGCUUCCAUCAGUUCCCUCAUUAGGCCGGAAGUACACCGCAGAUCGAGAAGUUGAUAUAUUGAAAGGAACAAGCAUAACGAAAACGCUAAAAAAUACAAAGUCCUCUAUCAGCAAAAUACCAAAACUAACAAGUGAUCAUAAUUCCAACAUAACAAAAAAUAAAAAAUUUGUGUCGCGCUCCAAAUCGUUUUCUGCACCCAUAGGCAUCUCUUCUGUAAAACGGAUACAACAGGAGUAUCUCCAAAAACAGAGUCAAUUGAAUACUAUAUCAAACAUUAGUAGAGUGCCUAUUAAAACUAGUUUAACCAGGAAAAAAUCUUUAAGUGAGGCCAUAGACAAGUUUAACAAAAGUAUAAUUAACGAUGGUUCCGGCUCAAAUGGAUCGGCAUCUCCAAAGACGACUUUGAAUCAUCGAAUACCAAAGAAAAAAUACCACGAAGCCUGCUUUUCAGACGAUGAUUACGAAACCUCAGCCCCCGAAGAGGAGGGUACAGAGCUAAAUAUAGAUGAGCUCCUUAAAGAUGAGAUUUUGAAUCGUAAACUGAGUGUUCCUGUUUUUCGUGCCUACCCUAGUUUGCAAGAGACGGUUAUUGAGGAGCCAACAGUCCUGGCUCACAAAUAUGUGGACCUUAAAUUAGUGAACAGCAUUGCUGAGGCUCAAAUAGUUGCCACAUUAGUUCAUAUGAAGUUUCAAGAGGAUGUUGCUCUAUGGGCAGUCAAAGAAUGCUCAGAUCUUGAUCAGGCUAUAUCGCUGUUACAACAGGAAUGUGAGCUCUGUAUGAAUACCUACCCGAUGAAUGAAAUUGUUUGCAUGCUGAAAUGCAUUCACAAAUGUUGCAAAAAAUGUGCGAAGAGCUAUUUUACAGUUCAGAUUACCGACCGUAGUAUCAACGAUUGUAGCUGCCCGUUUUGUAAGCUGCCAGAGCUCAGUAACGAAGUUGCGCAUGAGGAUGAACAUUUGGAAUAUUUUUCAAACUUAGAUAUAUUUCUUAAAAGCAUUUUAGAUGCCGAUGUCCAUGAGUUAUUCCAACGCAAGCUACGUGAUCGCACUCUGCUGCAGGAUCCCAAUUUUAAGUGGUGCAUUCAAUGCGCCUCCGGUUUCUUUGCCCGCCCGAAACAAAAACGUUUAAUAUGUCCAGAUUGCGGGUCAGUCACUUGUGCUCAGUGCCGAAAGCCAUGGGAAAAACAGCACGAGGGCUCCAGCUGUGAGGCCUAUUUAGAAUGGAAGAUCCAAAAUGAUCCAGAGCUGCAAGCUCAAGGUGUACAGGAACAUUUGGCACAAAAUGGCAUUGAUUGUCCAAAAUGCAAAUUUCGUUAUUCCUUAGCAAGGGGUGGCUGUAUGCAUUUCACAUGCACCCAGUGCAAGUUUGAGUUCUGCUAUGGCUGUGCCAGACCUUUUAUGAUGGGCGCCAAGUGCAACAUAUCUUCCUACUGCGCUAAGUUGGGCUUACAUGCACACCAUCCACGCAAUUGUCUGUUCUAUUUACGCGACAAGAUACCGAUGCAAUUGCAGUUUCUUCUCAAGGAGCAUAACGUUCCAUUCGACACGGAGCCCCGGGAACCGCAGUAUGAAGCAAGCAGCUCAGCAAAAGCUCGAGCUUUGGUUCGCUGUCCCAUACCAUUACAGAAGGAGACCCCGCAGGGUCUAGUUGAUACUGUUUGUAAUAGUGAUGUUCCCGAUAAACACGCUGGAAUGUGCCGAACGCAUUAUGUUGAGUAUUUGGCCAGUAAGGUUGCCAAGGCAAGUAUUGAUCCGCUUCCCAUUUUUGACCUGACAGAUUGUGUACAGGAGCUCCGCAGACGCGGCAUUGAACUGCCCGAGCGAGGCCCAUGGGAUACCGACGAAAUCUAUAAAAAUAUGUGCUCAAAGGUAAUCAAACAGCACAUACCACUUAAAUCCGCCUGAAGAUGGAGAUGACUUCGAAUUGAAAUUGGUUUCAACUGAAUCAAAGUGUCCACUCCAUUUAUUCUCUAUGAUUUCUGGCUUAUCUUACAUCCCAUCGUUUUGAUUAUUGUAUUUUUUAAUCUUUGUUUAUUUUUAAUAUAACAAAAACAAAAUAAUAUUGUACAAUAAUUAUAUUGGAAACCAAUAGACACAGAAUGCAAAAAUAAUUUUGAAGCCGAAGCUUUUCCAAUCUUUAUCAUAUUUACUAAUAAUCAAAUGAUAAUAUAUUGUUAUGAAAUUAAAUUUGAAUUAAUUUUAAACAAUAAAAGUAGAGCAACGUUCAUGCUAUUAUUUAGUAAAGACAGCAGCUUUAAGGUACAUUUUAGACUUAUUAAAGCGUUUUGAUUAAAUAAUAAAAGCGAUAAUAUGAAAACAAACAUCAUAAAGUGGCUUAUGAAUUUACUGGCUAAAUAUAAAUACACUAAAUGCCUGCCAUAAGUGCUCACGCUCUUGUAAGUUUUCUUGCUUGCGUUUCUUCAGGCGAGCACACGCGAUUGUAACUUUCUUAAAUGCUUUAUUAUAUUAAACUUAAUUAAAUAAUUAAUU